CUCCCUCGUAAUUUCUUCCUUGCUCGCCUUCGUCACCACCACCUCCUCCUCGUCCACACCCCCUCCCGGUCCUUUGGCGAUCCUAACCCGGUCAUCUGCACGAACCCGAACGAACGUCAUCCUGUCACACACCGCAGCCGCAACCUCACCUCCGCACGUGGAAGCUGCUUUCCUGGCGGUGCUCCUCCGCAUACCAUUCCACAUUGCAGCCAUUGUGCAACGGUAUACACGAUCGCACUGCACCGCACUGCCGACCACGUUUGCGUGAAACGAGCCCUUGUUGCACGUGGCGCCUUGGACCCACCACGACACCACGUUCGCCGGCAUCGAGUGCGCGCGCUCCGCGAGCACCUCGCACAGCGCCCUCAUAAGCAGCACAGGAAUCCCACGCACCUGGUCACACACGGAGUCUUUCACAACGACGGGAGACUGCUGGCCGCCGAUCCCUCACGCUCGCGGCCACGACGCACCAUGCAGUGAUAGUCCGAUCUGGUCUGCAUCCUCUGCCUUUCACUUCGGUCACCAGAAAUGGGAAACUCCAACUCCAACAUCGUCUUGACGGAUGAGGUCAACCUCAAUCACUUUCGACUGUUGCGAGUGGUGGGAAAAGGCGCCUUUGGAAAAGUCAGAAUCGUGGAACGCAAGGACACAGGCUUGACGUUUGCGCUGAAAUAUAUCAGGAAAGAUGAGGUGGUACGGUCGGAGAGCGUGCGCAACAUUAUACGCGAGCGGAGGAUGCUGGAACACUUGAACCACCCUUUCUUGUGCAAUCUUCGCUACAGCUUUCAGGAUAUGGAAUAUCUGUACAUCGUCGUGGAUCUGAUGAACGGUGGAGACCUCCGAUUUCACAUUUCGCGCAAGACCUUUACAGAAGAGGCUGUCCGUUUCUGGAUUGCUGAACUCGGAUGCGCACUGCGAUAUAUUCACAAGCAAGGCAUUGUACAUCGAGAUGUCAAACCGGACAAUGUUCUUCUGGAUUCGGAAGGUCAUGUCCAUUUAGCAGACUUCAAUGUUGCUUCUGACCUCACACCUGGAAAGCCGCUCACCAGCAAGUCUGGCACACUGGCCUAUCUGGCUCCUGAAGUUUACAGCGGUCGAGGCUACUAUUCUGAACCAGACUGGUGGUCACUCGGUGUUCUUUUCUACGAAUGCAUCUACAACAAGCGACCGUUCGAGGCGAACCAUCAUGAUGCACUCGCCGCCUCCAUUGUCAAGGCCGAUCCACCGUUUCCCGUCACAUCGCCUGCUGUUUCCAUGCCUUGCCUUCAUGCCAUCAGCUCAUUACUAGAAAAGAACAAGAGCCUGCGAAUAGGAGCUGCCAGCUGGGAGUCAUUCACUGACAAUCCUUUCUUCAGAGACAUCAAUUUUGACGCCCUGGAGAGGAAGGAGUACGAGCCGGUGUUCUGUCCUUCAAGCGAGAAGACGAACUUCGAUGCGACGUAUGAUCUGGAAGAGCUAUUACUGGAGGAAGCACCACUUGAAGCUCGAGCGCGAAGACAGAAACCGCGAGCUGAAUUGAGAGAAGACGCAACACAGCAGGAGAUCAGAGCGGAUGAGCUUCAUCGGAUGAUCGAAACCAUGUUUGAGCCAUUCAACUAUACAAUUCUACCACACGAUCGAGACCCGGUACCGGCCGUGGCCCGGGACGCCGACCCAAGGUCGAAAAGACGUGCGACGAAAAGUGAAAAGAGCUCGCCCAAACAAGCGAGCAAUCGUGCAAGACCACAGACAGCAAAUCAAAGGUCGAUUCCGAUCUCGGGCUCCGCGACACCUGGCAGCGCCACUUACACCAGAUCAUCAACACAAUCUCCCUCAGGCUCGCCGCCAUUACAUGCCACGACACUCGACUUCCCAGCUGCACCCACAACCACUGGUAUGAACGAAUUAUUCCUACCUAACGAACGUUCAGAACUCAAAGAGCUACCUCGGAACUUCACCGCUGCGCCUCCAGUGACCGGAUCGGGAUCGGCGAAUGCACCGCGGCCGCGAGGGUCCACUCGAAGUGUCUCGAUGGCUGGAGGCGUGCAAGUGGUGCUCGACGAGCAAGGCAGCUGGACGAGUAUGGCGAAUCAGAGUCAAAGCUUAGUCGCGCAGCCUCAGGAUGAGCAGCGGCGGACGGAGCGACCUUCGGGUAUGUUGGGAUUCUUGAGCAGAAAGAAAGGAAGAGAUCGGAGUCCGAAGGCGAUGAAGGAGAAGGAAAGAGGAGUUUUGGGUAAAGAGGGCGCGCGGGUGGUGAUUAGCCAUGGUUGA